AUGCGGUGCGUGUGCAAGUUGUGCGUGCCUUGUACGUGGCCCUCCGCCGCGCUGCCGCGGGCGUCUGUCCGUCGGGUGGGCGCGGCGUCGUGCGCCGUUUGGGGUGCGGCGGCGGCGGCGCCUGCCGUGCGUGGCAGCUUCACAGUUGGGGCGGGGGGCCGCCGGGGCGGGUGUGCGCCCCCAAACCGAGGCGCAGCCGCUGCCGCGGCGCCCCGUGGGGGGUGGCGCCGCUCGGCGUCUGCUGCGUGGGAGAGGGGCGCUGCGCGGCGGCGCCUGGCGGCAGCGGCGGGCCUCCGCAGGGAGGUUGUGCUGACCCCGGCGACGCUGCUGAGGCGGCUGGAGAUCAUUUUUCCCCCGGCCCCGGACGCGGCGUCCGCCGCAGCGGGGGCGGCGUGCCGCGGCGGAGCGUCGGAGUCCCACGAUGAGCGCCCGCCGGUGUUGUCGGGGGGUUUGGCGGGUGCGCCUGGGGGUGUGCGUGCGUGCUGUCGUCCGGUGCCGUGGGAGCGCGUUGUGCUGCGCCGCGCUGGGCAGGCGCCGGCGUGCGACGUGAGCCGCCAACGCGCAUCGGGGGCGCUGCACACCGCCUCCGCGGUGUACGACGUGCUGGUUCCCUCCCCCUUUCUUUUCCUGCCCGGCGUGGACGCGGGCGAUGCCGACGGUGCGGCGGCCCCGUCUCUUGGCGCCGUGCGCGCCGCUGCUGCGACGUGCCGCUGCCCUGGCCGUGACCGCGCGCUUCUCCCCCCCAGCCGACGCCGCGGUGCCGAAACGCGCCCUGCGUGGUGCCAGCGGGUGGGUGUGCUGCACCACAUCCCGGGGUUGCCCGACCCGUCUGCGCCGGCGCUGACGUUGCGGGAGUACGCGGAUUUCGCACAGUCUUUCUCACAGCCCGUGGAGGGAGGGGCAAUGCACUGGAUGACGGCGUGUGGACUGAGCAACCGCGACGCGCCGGAUCGCGGCGUCGGGCGGCGACUGGGUGAUGCCAAGCGGGACGGCGCGCAUGGGCGGCGCGGGCAGGGUGCGGGGUGCCGCGGGCUCCACGGCGCAGUGGGCGUGUGGAUCGUCGACCCCUGGCGCGAGAGCGUCUUCUUCGCCGUGCGCUACCGCCUGGGCGCGGAGCACUACGAGUGGGUGCGCCGUCCACAGCACACCUUUGGCCAGGAGGGCGGCCCCGCGCCUGCCGCUGCUGCGGCGGGCCUGCCCCCCGAGCCCAGCGGGGUCCUUUCGUCGGGUGUGGGGAGGGGCCGUGGGGCGCCCUCCUUCGCCUGGGCGAGGGCGGCGGUGCGGCAGGCGAUGGUGGCGUCCGCGGCGUCGCCUGCACGCGGCACGCCGGCGCCACGGCAGCCAGCGAAGCGGGGGAGGCGGAGGGAGGAGCAGGUGCUGUCCACGGUGCUGUACUAUUGCGUUGCCGGGACGGCGCUCACGGCGGCGGAAAAGGCGGCCUUUCUGACGCGGCUGUUGGGGGGCGCGGGGGCGGAGGCGGAGAAGGGCCGGGGCGGCGACGGCGUGGCGCGGCUGGCGAAGGUGUGGGCCCCGCUUCCGCGGUCGGCGCGUCUGCUGCGUGGCCGGCAGGUCCUGGCAGACGCCGCCGCGCUCGCGGAGGCGAUGAAGUACGGCCUGCUGCGCCUCCUGCCGUGA